AUGAGUAUUUUUUUGUUCUUCAACAAAUACCCAAUGCUCGCUGCACAUCCAUUGGUUCUCCCAGCUGUUCAGCAGCUUGUAGAUCACCCAGAGACAUUCAAGCAGAUCAUCACAAUGUUGAAGAACCUCUCUCAGACAUUCACACAAGGAAUGACACAGUUCAAAGAGGAUGCAGAGAAACUCCAGAAGAACGAUGAAUUCAACGAGAUACUCAGGAACUCAUUCAACUGCGACUGCCAGCACUCCGAAGAAGACGAUCGUCAGACAUCUGAGAGAGAAAACUUCUACAGACUUACAGGUGUUGAACGCACACCAGAGAUGGACGAGAUGAUUGCGAAGGCAGAAGCAUCUGGCGACAUUCACAACCUCAUCGAGACAGUCAGAAGACUUCGUGCUAGCGGAAUUGAUGUCUUCAAGGGUGUCGAGAUUCAUGGAACAGAAGAUAACCUCGAGAAGAAGUAUGAACAACAGUUGAACACACUUGGUGAGAUGGGAUUCCUCGACAAAGAGACAAACAUAUCAAUCCUCAAGCAAACAAACGGAAAUAUCAACCUUGCACUCGAAAAGAUUUUCAACAACCACUGA